AAGAUGAGGAAGCACGUCGUCAGGCCGAUGAAUGCCUUCAUACUCUGGUCACAACACGAGAGGAAGAAAAUGGCCCAGAACAAACAAGAGGUGCACAACGCUGAGAUCAGCAAGCAACUGGGCGCCAGGUGGAAACAUCUGGACGAUAAGGAGAAGCAGCUGUUCAUCGAGGAGGCAGAAAGGUUGAGACUGUUGCACACUAGGGAGUACCCCGAUUAUAAAUACAAACCC